GGUGGCGGGGCUUCACUAUUGGUGCAUGGCCGUUAUCUGCCGUAGAAAUCAGGCGAGGCUGCCGGUUAGCCGGCCAAUCACAUGUCGAGGUGUGGCUCUCGGAGGGCGUGGUAACGGUGGAAAAGGUGGCGCUAGAAGCGGAAGUGCGUCUCGGCAGAUCCCUCGCUGUCAUUCGGCCACGGUCGGUUCCAGGAGAGGGGCACCCAAGUAGCACACAGGGAUCGGCUGGCUCUGCAGGAAAGACACUUAGCUAGAAAAUAUAGUGAAGUCAGACGAACACUAUAACCGAUCGAACAGGGCUUGUGAAAGAACCGCGGCCGGAUACAUCAAACACACUGCCACGUUAACAAAGCUCUGUGAGCACACAGUCCAGCUUCAGCUCAGAGGCAGCAGGUAGACAGAGAGCUGUGUCAUUGAGCAGGCAGGACACGUCAGGAGAAGGCAGAAAAAAAGCUGACCGACCGACUGCACUGUACAGUCAGCUAUCAGACCGAGGAAAGCUUUCCUGACCUCAUUUUCUCAAGGACACCACCUUGCUCUCAACCAGAGGGGAGGAUCUCGACAAAAACAUCGCUGAGGUCGAAGGUGGUGAUCAGAAGGACCAAACGAUCACGGGAUAGCAUUUGUGUGUGGGGGGGGGGGGGAACAAAUGGGGGAUUACGGGUUUGGAGUUCUAGUUCAAAACAACACUGGCAACAAGUCUGCAUUUCCAGUCCGAAUCCACCCACAUCUGCAGCCCCCACACCACCACCAAAAUGUGUCGCAGAGCCCUGCUGCUUUUAUAAACAGCACCUCAGCCGCAGGUAAUGGCACCACGGGAGGCUCUCCCUGGCUCUUUCCUGCUUCUGCCACCCACAACAGUGUGCAAGACGAAAUCCUGGGGGGGGCAGAGAAGCCCAAAGCACAGCAGCACCAGGAAAUGCAAGAAACGCAAGAAAAGCAGCAGCAAUUGUCCCCUGGGAGUCACCAAGAGGGUGGAAGUGGUGGUGGGAUAAUUUCAGAACUGGAAAAUGCCCGUUUAGAGGAAGCCAAGACAGACAGCGGUGUGUCUGAAGGAAGUAAUGGAAAGGAGAAGCAAUUACGUCUUGAGUCUCCUGUCCUGACAGGCUUUGAUUACCAGGAGACGUCUGGGCUUGGGGGGACUGGCCCGGUCCAGUCCAGUACAACCUCAUCAUCACUUACUGGCUUUAACAACUGGUCAGCUGCCAUCCCACCGGCGCCAUCAACCAUCAUCAAUGAAGAUGUGAGCUUCUUCAACCCAGCCUCUGCCAACAAUGGGCCCCUGCUGUUUCAGAACUUCUCUCACCAUGUCAGUCCAGGGUUUGGUGGGAACUUCUCCCCCCAAAUCGGACCAGCGGCGGCCUUGUCCCAGCACCACCCAGCUCCCCCACCACAUCCCCACUUCCAACACCCCCACAACCAACACCAGCACCAUCGGCGCUCCCCGGCCUCUCCACACCCUCCACCACCCUUUCCACACAGGAAUCCGGCUUAUAGCCAGUUGCCACAUUUGUCCAACAGUCUGAACAAGCCCCCAUCCCCCUGGGGUCCAGCUAGCUAUCAGAGCCCCUCUCCCUCCCUCGGCUCCUCCACCUCCUGGAGUCCCGGAGGAGGUUAUGGCAGUGGUGGUGGCGGCUGGGGAGGAUCUCAGGGUAGAGAUUAUCGCCGAGGGCUGAAUGGCGGGAUGACCCCCAUCAACUCAAUUUCUCCACUGAAGAAGACCUUCCCUAACAACCAUGUGGCAUCUCAGAAGUACCCUCGAAACAGUCCUGCAGGCUUCAACCCCAAGUCCUGGAUGGAUGAUGGAGUCGGCCGCAGUGAUAACAUUUUCCCCUUUCAGGAACGCACCAGGUCCUUUGACAGCUUUAACAUGAACACACUGGAGAGCUCCCUGAUCGACAUCAUGAGGGCUGAACAGGACACUCUGAAAGGUCGUCUGGGGUUCCCCCAUCCAGGAGGGGACAACCCUCUGCCCCUCAAUGCCAGGAAUUAUAGCAGGAGACGAGGUCACUCCUCUCUCUUCCCGAUGGAGGAUGGUUUCCCUGACGAUGAGCGUGGUGAUCAGGGUCUCGCAGGCCUUGGUUCUCCACACUGCUUUCCACAUCAGAACGGAGAGCGCAUUGAACGCUACUCGCGCAAGGUCUUUGUGGGAGGAUUGCCCCCGGACAUAGAUGAAGAUGAGAUAACAGCCAGUUUCAGGCGUUUUGGACACCUAUUUGUGGACUGGCCUCACAAAGCCGAGAGCAAAUCCUAUUUUCCCCCGAAAGGCUACGCCUUCCUGUUGUUCCAGGAUGAGAGCUCAGUGCAGGCUUUGAUUGACGCCUGCAUCGAGGAGGACGGCAAGCUGUACCUCUGUGUGUCCAGCCCCACAAUCAAAGACAAGCCAGUCCAGAUCCGCCCGUGGAAUCUGAAUGACAGUGAUUUUGUGAUGGAUGGAUCUCAGCCUCUGGACCCAAGGAAAACAAUCUUUGUGGGAGGUGUCCCUCGUCCACUCCGUGCAGUGGAGCUGGCUAUGAUCAUGGACCGCCUGUAUGGUGGGGUUUGCUACGCUGGCAUCGACACAGACCCCGAGCUGAAGUACCCCAAGGGAGCAGGCCGGGUCGCCUUCUCUAAUCAGCAGAGUUACAUUGCUGCUAUCAGUGCUCGCUUUGUACAGUUGCAGCAUGGAGAAAUUGAUAAACGGGUGGAAGUGAAGCCAUAUGUGCUGGAUGACCAGCUGUGCGAUGAGUGCCAGGGAACUCGCUGUGGCGGGAAGUUUGCACCGUUCUUCUGCGCCAACGUCACCUGUCUGCAGUACUACUGCGAGUACUGCUGGGCGGCAAUCCACUCACGUGCCGGACGAGAGUUUCACAAACCCCUGGUGAAGGAGGGAGGCGAUCGGCCCCGUCACAUCUCUUUCCGCUGGAACUGAGCAGACGAUAGACAGGGAGAGGCAACAGGGGAGCAGGAGGGCAGGUAGUGCAGGAGUCGCAAAUUAUUGUACAAAUAAAUGCACUUUUCUGUUGCUGGUUCCUUUUUGCUCUAAUUUCACUGAACCUUUUUCUAAUUUUUUUAAGUUAAUAUAUAUCUAUAUUUUGAAGACGGAAAAGAAAAACUGGAAUUAUAUCCAAAUAUGCCCAGUAAGGAAAAUGAUGUGUAAGAUAAUUUUAUUUAUGUGUUUGAUUUUUUAAAAAUAUUUUUAUGAGUUCUCAAAAAAUACAUAUAUUGGAAAGUUUGAGGUGUGAUAUGGUACUCUUAUAUUCAAUUGGCAUAUUUUUCUAAUCGAUGUAUUUGAUUUUAAUUUUGAUAUUUGAUGUAUUUUAAUUUUGAUACAAGACUCCCCAAAACAAACACUUCAUUUUCACACUGGAUUGACCUUUGUAGCAGAGUUGUUGCUUUUUUGUUUUAUAUUGAGUCUCCAGAGCAGUUUAUCAUUGGCUAUUUUUUUUCUGAGAAGUGUGAUUCAGUUUAUUGAUACAAGAGUCUCCAGAGAAAAUGUGAAUUGAAAAAGGUGUUGCUAAAGAAGAGUGCACUUAUUUCCAAUUCAUUGCAGAACAGAGUGCAGAUCCAAUAUGUGAGACACUUAGUAGUUAACCAAAGCUAAAUCGUAAUUAACUUUGAAGAACAGAGAGGGCCCACUGCAGAAAGAUUCUUUUCCCUCCCAGAUCAAAAUGUCUGAACCUCUUUUUAUGAUUUCCAAGGUCAUACAAAUAUUUUGAUGUUACUUGAAAGCCACAACAAAAAUUUUAGCAACACAUAUUUAGAUUUCGAUCUCCAUUUUGACAUGCAAAAACUAAUACCUCAAACUCAGCUGCUAAUGUGCCGAAUACAGUUAAAAAAAGAAAAAAGAAAGUAAAGAAGGAAAACAUUCUCACCCGCUGGUGUUCUCCUUUCCCUAGAACUAUAUCAAAGGGAAGUGAUGCAACAGGCAGAAUGUGAAGAGACUGGCACAGUUUUGUAUUCACUUGCUUCAUCACCUCUUUAUUUUUGUAAUCAAACCCAGGUUUGUGCUAGGGACAGAGUGGACAGAGCAUCAGACAGUACACAGCGUAUUAGGGGAAUGUAUGGCGUAGGGAGGCUACAAGGAAGACAGGCAGACAGACAGGCAGGCUUACUGUUAAAGAGAUAAGUCCAGCCCCACUCCCCCUCCUAAUGUCUGCCUGCAGCCUCUGCUGCUAAGCUAGCAGCUAACAGAAGGUAGAGCCUCAUUCAUGGAUCAAAUCCUACUUCUUGUGUCUGUGCACAGGCAGGGCUUCGAUUCAUAUUUUUCAGGACUGAGGUUAAGGUAACUCCUCGAGAGAAAGCUGGUCAAGUGCCCUCCUUUUUUUCCUGCAGUUUUUACAGGGCUACCACCAAACGGGAAAAGCCUCUUUGUUGGCGUUUUUUUUUUUUUUUUUUUUAAUGCAUUUGUGCAAUUCUACCAAGUCUUUAAUGAAAAAAAGUUCUACUUUUCAUCUGAGAGUCAGCUACAUUUAAUGAAAGAAGCAAUUAUCUGAUUUCCAAAUCGUCAGCCACACAUUUGAGUCAUGGAGGCAUCUCCCUCUUGGCGAACCCUCUAUUCUUUCUUCUGCCGAACUAAUCUAACUCAGCAUCCAGUGUUUCUGAAGCAUAAAUGAAGAUAGUCUCUGCAGUGUGCUCUACUACUACACACUUGUUAUCCACCUGCAGCUCUCGAUAACAGCCGGUUCUACUUAGUGGCUUAUGGGAACUAAAGAUGGCUGUGUAGUAGUGGGUCAUACUGUAGCUCUUUUUUUUUUUUUAGGUUUUAUCCUUAUUUCUCAUUUCUUUAAGGAUGUGUUUCAUUUUUUUUUUUUUUUUUUCAAAUCUGUCACCCAGUUUGGCUUAACUAUCAAGCCCAGCAAACCAAAGAUUGGCCUUGAACAUGAUAUAUUGAUAUAUAUACUGUAUAUUUGACAGUGCAGUCAAAACCCAUUAGAACACCAGUGGAAAAACAACUGAACAACAGGGCUCACAGACACACACACACACACACACACACAAAGCUUCAUGCUCUUGAUAUAGCUAAAAAAAAAAAGGUGCACACUGGUUUUUAUCUCAAAUAGGUCCGUUUGUUUUAAAACAAAAUUUUACAUGAAGUGCACAUUCACACAGUGAAAGUAAAACUAAUCCUCACAUUUGUUUGACGUUUUUAAGUCACUCAGUGGCAACCUAUUAGCCGAGCAUUUAAAUAUGUCAGGGAGUUAGUACAGAAACUUGAUUAUACACACUAGUGAGAAACGUAUCCUCAUAUCGUGGUGUUGUUGCACCAGUUAUACACCCUGGACAUUAGUUUUGGGUGCAGUGGGUGAGCAUUUUAGAAGUUAAAACACUUUGUGAAGAAUUUGCUGUUAAAUGAGAUUAAAAAAAAAAGAUUAUUUUAUACAUGGCCUGCUGAUUUUUGGUACAGUGUUUUCUAGCUAAAUUAUUUUGUCAUGCACAUAUAAACAUUUAUUAUGCACUACUUUUCUAAAUAUUUUUUCUUUUUCCAACAGUCAUUUUAGGCACAUUUUUCACAAAUGGGGAACUCCUUUUUGCAAUACCUCAAUUUUUCACAUUGUGAAAGGUAGCUUUUGUACUUUUGUUACUUGAGAGAUCUGCAUAUAUGGUAAUGUUCAUUUUAAGACAAAAGUUGAGUGAUUUCAAUAUAUAUUAUUUUCAAUUAUGCUUUUUAUACAUUUCAGUGCUGAGAAAACUUUACAACUAAGUGUGCACUUGUGUUGGUGCGACUUCAGAUUUGCAGAGGAGAGACCAAAGUGUAUUGCUCUCUUGGUCUUAGCUUUUCGUACACUAGAUGUUUCCAGUCAGUCUGGUCAAUUACAGCAUGGCAAGAAUAAAAAAAAAGAAAAAAAGAAAAAAAAAAACGAGUUGUAAUUUGAAAUUGAUGUUAAUGUCUAAACAUGGCUAUACUAGUUGAAAAAUGGUAACUUCUGUCUUGGUUUCCUCUCCAUAGAUGGAGCAUAACUUAUUAUAAGGAGAAUGCAAAAUUUGGUUCAUGCUUAACGCUGAAUCUCGUAUCACAAGAAUGGAUGUUUGGUGUUUGUAAUAUUUGAAAAAAAAGUAUAUAUAUAUUCUUGAACUUGCCAACUAGCACCUAUUGUAAUCUUUAGCAUGCAUGACAAAAAAAGAGAAAAUGACAAGUAUAUGAAUUAGCUAUUAAAAUUAAUUAUUGUGGUGUGCACAAAAUGUUUCUCAACUACUAAGUUAUUAUGAACCCCCCCCCCCACCACCCCGUGUUGAUGUCCUCGCUUCCCCAUUUACAGACCUCUGCAGGAUACAUAUGACGAAGAUAAGACAACAAACAAGACAAAGUAACUUUAAAUUGAUUUGGCAGUGCAGGACUUUCAGCAUCCUUAUAGAACACUGUUUAAAGACUUGAGAACUCAUCCCCACUGUCUGUUGAGGUGAUCUUAUAUAGACCUAUCUGGAUGAAGGGGAGCUUAAAGACUUGAAUGUGGUAAAUGUUGCAAGUUAACUUCAAGUUGUUAUGUGCAAUACUUCUUUUGAACCUUUUUCCAGAUAAAGACUCUUUGCAAUGUAAUUCUUUAAUGCCAUUUUUAAUUGCAGACAUUUAAUUAAAGAAGAUGUUAAUAUGUUUUUCACAGUCAUUUUCUACUGUUAUUGUAAUCCUUUUCAUGCUGGUGUUUGUAAAAAAGAAAAGAAAUCAAACUAUUUGUACUAAUAUAAAUAAUUGAAGUUAUUUUUAAAACAUUAAAGGUUUUGUGCUCAUUUGCUUAUUUUGUUUAUUUUAAGCUACUGUGAUUGAUUGCAUUGUAAUUAUUAGGUCAACAAUGUAUUUAGCUGUUUAUUGGUAUAUUUUUAAUUGGAAUGUAUAAUUGAUUUUUAUAAGUUUGAUCAGAUUUUUGUUAUAUUUUUGAGGUGAAGCUUUUAAUAUGUUAAAGUGUCUAGUUUUUACUAAUUGCUAUAUUGUGCUCCACAAUAUAUGGUUCACAUUUUCUGAAGGAAAAUAAAUAUUUAAAUAAUUGUCUGUUAAUGAUGUUACUUAAUGGCAAGAUUUCAAUAGUUUUUAACUCUGUAUGGGAAGGUUGUUGUAUUUAUUAAUAGCAUUUUUUACUUAAGAUAUCACCUUAAUUUUUAUUGUCAUUUCACUUUAUAAGUUCCUAUUUUUGUAUUUUCCUUUCUUAUUAAGUUAUGUAAUACGGAUAUGUCCAUAUUUCUAGGAGUUGGUCUGUAGAAGUGCUAGUGAAACGAAAAAGAAAAAUCUAAUGUUAUUUAAUUGUUUGCAGCCAACUAUUUAUAACAGUAUGCAUAAUUUUUGAAUAUUUGUAAUGUGAAAUGUUGAAUGAAAUAAAUCAUAACUGUGAUGAAAA